AUGUUGGCCCAGACAUUGAGUACAGGCGAGAGGCUCAGUCUCAUAACCCGUGGGCUGCCCGCCGUCUCAGGCACCGACGAGAUCCAGGCAAUCUUGACGGAGGGCAGCAGAAGUCCCAAGGGGAUCUGGGUGACGGUGCCAACGGGGAGACCGCAUCUGGGAUACGUGGUGCCGCUGUUGAAGAUGGUGGACUUUCUCCGAGCGGGUGUUGAUUUCAAUGUUUGUUUGGGAGACAUCUAUGGCUUCCUUAUCAACUUCAAGUACCCGAUCAGCCAAGUGGAGCAACGCAAGAGGUUCUACAAGUUCGUAUUGGGAGCCGUAUUCGACGCUAUUGGAGUUCCGGCUUCGAGUCUCCCUUUCGUGGACGAGUCUUCGUACGCUUACACUCCCAGGCACAUCAUGGACAUGUACAGAUUGUCUGCCCUGUCAUCGCAACGUCAGCUACGGGAGACAGGAGAUGAAGUGGGGGUGAGCACCAUGUUUGGCCCCAUGCUUACGCCCAUCUUGCAAGCUCUGGAUGAGGAGUAUCAAGGGUCGGAUUUUGACUUUGGCGGGCUCGACCAGGCAGGCUAUUUCAGAGUUCUUCCGUUUGCAUCAAGGCUGACCAUAUGCAAGCGAGGCCUAUUCGAAUUCGCUGAAGAGCUACUCCCGAAGAUGGGGUACAAGAAGCGUGCGCAUCUGAUGAACGACAUGCUCCCGGGACUGAACGGAGGCAAAAUGUCUGCAUCCCUUCCGGAUUCCAAAAUUGACUGUCUCGAUUCUCCAGAGACGAUUCGCAACAAGAUCAUGGCCGUGCAGUGCAGAGAAGGAGACGCGAAGACGAAUGGACUGCUGGCCAUCGUGAGACUGAUCUUGAUACCGCUCAAUCGGCUUCGCCUCGAGAGAUCUUGGGGAGAGAUCGGCUAUAGUCUGACUGAGGGUAGAGGGGUGCCAGAGUCGCCGCCAUAUGCUGGCCCGACGGGCACGGUGUUUACCAUGAGUGUCGACGGGACGACCAAGCACUACCAAACAUACCUUGAGAUUGAGCAGGAAUACACACAGCUGCAAUCCCACGAAGCAUUCAAGAACGCCGUCUCGGAAUCUGUCGUCCAAAUUCUGGCUCCGGUCCGCGAGUCGUACUCCCGCAACCCAGAUUGGCAAGCAGCCGAGAAGCUGGCUUAUCCGGAAGGAGAGGAAGAGUAA